AUGUUCGCUCUACGACGACUUAUUGCCCGCCCCGUGGCUAUGCCCAUCAUGCGCGUAGCGACGCGUCAGAUGCACGUGACACCUCGUCGCUUCGCCUCGGCUGAUCAGCCCAACAUGAACAACAUUGAGUCAAUGAUGAAUGACCCUCUCAUCCGCGACACAUUCGAGAAGCUAAGCCGUCACCCCCCGGCUAUCAUGGCCAUGCAAAAAAUGGCAGAAGUUCUCAAGAGCAAGGGCGUCGACGGAUCCAAGCCUCCAACAAAGAUGGACCUUAUGAAGCUCAUGAUGGAUAAGGAGUUUAGAGACGCGUCUACAGAGUUGACGACUGAAAUGGAAAAUGCUGGUGUUGAGAUUAACCCUGAUGUUUUUAUGAAGAUGAUGCAAGGCGAAAAGUGA